AUGAUGUUAUAACGAGAGGAUGUUCACUUGUUCAGAACUUAAAAGAAGAGUUAAGAACCUUCGGUUUCGGUUUUGCAAUUAGGUUAUCUGAUAAAGCUAACCCUCGUCCUUACUGUGGCAGUCGGAAGAUUUUGGUUUGUCAAGGUAUUAUUUAUCACUUACAAUGGUUAAUGCAAUCAAAGGAGUGUUCGUCUCCUGUGAUAUCCCUAUGACACAGUUCAUAGUGAACAUGAACAAUUCGAUGCCUCCAUCUCAGAGAUUCAUAAUUCAUGUACUUGAUAGCACUCACUUGUUUGUGCAGCCACAGGUUGAGGGGAUGAUUCGCAGUGCCAUUUCUGAUUUUAGAGAUCAAAACUCUUACGAGAAGCCCACUUCUUAGAUCACUUGCUUCUCUUUUUUAUCUUCCAUCUCUGCUUGUGUUGAUCUCUUUUUGAUGAAUAAACGAAACACACGUUUGUUUUGCUUAUCGACAUUGUAAGAUAUUUCAGACUGUUUCUUAAAUUACCAAUGCUUCCGGUUUAUAUUGGA